UGACAGGGAUCUAAAUUUUAUGAGAAUGAACUGAAGAAGGAGCAGCAGGUGAAUCAGCGCAUUGAAAAGAUGAUGGAGCAAAAAGCAAGAAUCACUAAAGAAAUGAUGAAGCAAGCACAAGCAGAGGUGGACAAACUGACGUGUGAACUGGAGAGAAGUAGAGAGCUGGGCCGUGUGAUAGUUCAUGUAGACAUGGACGCAUUCUAUGCUGCUGUUGAAAUGAGAGACUGCCCAGAGCUGAAGGACAAACCGAUGGCAGUGGGAUCCAUGAGCAUGCUGUCAACAUCCAAUUACCACGCUAGGAGGUUUGGUGUCCGUGCUGCCAUGCCAGGGUUCAUUGCUAAGAAGCUCUGUCCAAAUCUUGUCAUAGUGCCGACUAACUUUGACAAAUACAGAGCAGUGAGUGCGCAGGUACGGGAGAUAUUUUCAGAAUAUGACCCUCAUUUCAUGCCUAUGAGUCUGGACGAGGCUUAUCUGGAUAUCACUGAGCACCUGGAGCAGCGGAAGCACUGGCCAGAGACCAUGCGAACAUAUCACAUCUGUGAUGCCAAGACAGGAAAUGAUGCAGACAGGUCUACAGCUGAAUCAGAGAAAGAUGAACUAUCUCCUGUGCUGUUCGAGGACAGUCCCAGCUCCUCGCCCUCUCUCUCAGGGGCUGAUGGGAAAGCAGAGGUGUUUGGGACGAGUGCAGAGGAGGCUGUGAGGGAGAUGCGCUUCCGUAUUGAGCAGAAAACAUCUCUUACUGCCAGCGCAGGCAUUGCCCCAAACAUGAUGCUUGCAAAAGUAUGCAGUGAUAAGAACAAGCCCAAUGGCCAGUACCGAAUUCCUCCUGAGAGACAAGUUGUGAUGGAGUUUAUGAAGGAUCUUCCUGUCAGAAAGGUGUCUGGUGUUGGAAAGGUUACAGAGAAGAUGCUGGCUGCUUUGGGUAUUGUUAACUGUGACCAACUGAGCCAGCAGAUGGCGCUACUAUCCCUGCUUUUUUCGGGAACCUCCUGGCAUAAUUUCCUUCACAUAUCUUUGGGUUUGGGCUCCACAUGUAUCGAGAGGGACCCAGAAAGAAAAAGCAUGAGCACUGAGAGGACGUUUGGGGAGAUGAGUGAUGCAGAGGAGCAGUAUUCCCUGUGCAGGGAUCUCUGUCAUGACCUAGCACAGGACCUGCAUAGCUUCUCUCUAUAGGGCAAAACUGUUACUUUGAAGCUGAAGAAUGUCAAAUUUGAAGUGAAGUCCAGAGCGUUUACAGUACAGUACGCUGUCUGCACUGAGGAGGAGAUCUUUGCUGCUGCUAAGGACCUUCUCAAAGUUGAGAUUGACAGUGUCAGCCCUCAGCCACUAAAACUAAGACUCAUGGGCGUUCGAGUAUCCGGCUUUAUCAGCGCUGAAGAUAAAAAGCCUCUUCAGAGGAGUAUAAUGGGAUUCCUGCAGAAAGAUGGAUCUGAUUCAGGCAGUUUCACACAGUGUGCUGGAUCUGUGCUCAAAGCACAAGAAGACAGUGAUGGUGCCAGUUUCCUAAAGCCACAGUCCACUGAGAUGAAAGUACCUUCUGUGUCUGAGCAAAAAUCCAAAUCUAAAGGAACGCAGCAGCAAUCAUUUUUUCAAAGAGCACAGAUGAAAAGACUUCAGCAGCACCAGGAACAAAUAUCUGUCAUUGCUGGAACAGACACAAUAAACAAUAGUGUUGACGCAGCUGCUGCGGCACAGACAGAUCUAUCAACAACAAACACUCAAUCAGACACAACAUCAGCAAAAAGUUUGUCAACUACAAACUCAGGGAAAGACGCAACAAGCUACAUAAACAAACCUGGAGUUUUAAAGCCAUCCUUUAAAAUCUCAACCCAGGUGCUGCAGUGUCUCAUCUGUCCUGUGUGCAAUAAAGAGAUGAAGGAUGUAAACCUUACAGCCUUCAACAGCCAUAUUGAUGAAUGUCUGAAGGGCAGUGCAGUGGAUAAUGAACCCACACAUUUGGAUGUGCCUAAGGAACAGAAGGAGCUCAACAGCAAACCACCUGCAUCAAGUUCAGAAAGCAGGGCUUUAAAAUCCUCAAGCCACGACCCAUCCUGUAAUGAAGAGAAGCCGUCCACUAGCAUCUCUGUGCCUGUGGAGGAAACUGAUGACGGCAGUGAUUUCAAGACUCCAUUUUUUUCUCACAGGACAAAAAUAAAUGGAAAGCGUUCUGUUAUUUCUAAAAAGAAGAUGCCUGUUUGUGAAUCUAGUUCUAAAGCAUCACUCACCACAACACACAAUCUUGAGGCUGUCACAGAGAUGUCAUCUGACUCGAAAGGCUCGUCUUUGACGUGUCCCGUGUGCAGUCAGCCACAAAGCACAGAUGACCUCACUCUCUUCAACAGGCACGUGGAUAUGUGUCUCAACCAGGAAGUUCUGCUGGAGUUUAGAGAAUCUCAUCCUCCUGUGGGUCAUUCAGAUGAGCCAGCACUCAAGAGUGUACGAGGCCAACUGGGGGACCGUGGGAGAGUUAUUAAAGUGAGAGAAAAAAGCAAAAGGCAAGGAUCAUCUCCUCUUCCUCCCUCGAAAAAAAUCAAAGUGUUGAGCACAAAACACACAAUCGACAAGUUCUUCAAAAGCAAUGCCGGACAGAAAGUCUAAUUCUUUUACAAAUCCAGAGAAAUAAGCAUAUUGUUUAAUUUAUGAAGAUGAGACUUUAUAAUCCAUAAGGAUUUUGCUGGAUUCACUUGAGGAAAUAUUUUGAUGGAACAAAUAAGAAGAUUAUUGUAUGCUGAAGAAAAUCAGGUGUUUAAUGAGAUGACUUUUGAUAAGAGAUGUUUCAGAUGAUACACUCUGACACAAAGCUGAAAAACUGCUUGGGUAUAUUUUUUGUAUUUAUUGAAAUGAGGAUUUGUGUGGUGGAAAAAUGCUUCAUAUUGUGCUUCAGAUUUAUACUUUUGGACUUGCCUCUUUCAGUAUUUAUGUAGAUCAUUGAUGUUACAUGUACAUUUAUAUAUGAGUGAAGUAAAGGCUAAAAGAGUUUGAAUUAUUUUAUUCUAUGCAUAAAUAGAUAUGAGCAUUUAAUUUUGUAUGGAUAUUAUAAAGCACUUUAUAAACCAUGACAUAAGGCUUACCAUCUAAAUAAUAAAUAUAUACAAGUAUCAUAACUGAUACAUUUUUACAAUGCUGCAUGUACGGUAUAUAUCUAAUUUGCACCAAAAAUAAAUGUGAACAAAAACAUUGCUCUAUUAAUCUCAUUUAAUGGUUCUUUGUGUCGGUAUGGAAAUAUAUCAGGUUCUUUUUCUUUUGGAAACAAUUUAAACAUCUUUACUCUUGUUGUUGUUUAAAUGCUAUGAUGUUAUUUAUAUCAUUAAUGUACACUUCCAUUCGAAUGUUUGGUAAGAAUUAUUAAAAA